AUGAAUAACGCUAUGCCAUAUGCCGGCAUGACGACUACCAUCAAAGAUAAGGAAGGCCACGGGGUUCCAUGCUUACAACCCAUCGAUGUGGUGGAAUGUAUGCAUCAAUAUUUCACAAAAUCACGGGAUAAACUGUCCUUAAGGAUAGGCGAUUUGAUUUACGUACUAAAUAAAGGUUCUAAUGGCUGGUGGGAUGGUGUCCUUAUAAGUCACAGCGCUAAUAAUAGUAAUUCGUUGACGCUAGACAGAGGUUGGUUCCCCCCUUCCUUUACACGCUCUAUUUUACACGAAUCACGCUGGACACCCACCAUCGGUGAUGACUUGGAAAUAUUCCAGGCGGGUUUUAAUCUUAAACUGGAAUUAUCAAGCAACCCAGUAAUCUUAUCAUUAGAAGACCUUUUAGACUGUUGUCGCGACAUUGAAUUUAAGGAACAACUGGUUUGGUCACCUACUCCCGCACAUGGAAAGAAAAACUGCUGUGAGCUUUUGUACUAUAACCAGGAUUUAGAUGUUUAUUGCCGCACCUUGCCAUAUUUACCACAAGAUCAACUGGAAACAAUAAAUGAUUCUUCAUCUUUUUCCCCAAUAUCCAACAUAAUUCGUAAAAAGAUGCCCAUAACGUCAAGCCCAGAUCUGUUUUAUCUCAAUGAUUGUGAUGUCGUCUAUUGGUAUGACCUCACUCGCUUAGUUUGUCAUUAUGUUAAUUUAACAGAGCGCGAGCUGUUGAGAAAUGACAGGGAAAGUUUUCUAACUUCUUUGGAUUUAUUAUCAGUUCAAAUAACUUAUGUUUAUACGCUCUUUAGGAAUCUUGGUUUAGUUGAAGACAGCUUCAAAAAAACCCUCAAAAAGCUAAUUUACACAUUGUCUAAGUUCUCAAUAAAUUCAAAUAUUUGGUUUCAUUCCGCUUCCUAUGAAGAAAGAGGAAUCACGGUCUCACAGGAGGAUUCAAGAGAAAAGUCCCCGCUUCUACAAUCAAUUUUAGGAACUUUUCAAAAAUUUCAUUUUCUAUUACGUUUAUUGCAUUUCCUCUCACAUCCUAACGAAUUUACCAUAUUACCUCAAUUGACUCCUCGAUUUUUCAAGGAUUCUUUCAAUACAAUCUCCUGGAAUAACCCAUUUUUGCGAAAGCACUUCAACCACCGCAUGUCCCAUGACCUACCGAGGGGAAUGAUCAAGGCCGUUGCAGGUGCUUCAGGAUUUGUGGCAGAAAAUAUUGAUGAGAUUCCAGUUCCCAAACGGGGCACUUCGUGCUCUCAAGAAUCGUCUCACCAUACACCAUCCGCCCCUUUUCAAAGAAGGAGAAGAGGAAACACCCUCUCCAAUAUGUCAAGAAGUUCUAGUGAGUCCGAUACGAUAUGGUCUAGAAGGAAAAAACCGUACCUGCUAAAUGAAGAGACUCUAAACCUCUUAAAGGCCAGGAAAAAGCAGCUUGAUGUGAAAUUGAAACAAAUGAUUCAAAGUGCUAACGAAUAUCUGAGUAACACUGCCAAUUUUUCAAAAAUGUUGAAUUUCGAAAUGAACUUCAAGACCUAUGAAGAAGUCAGUGAAACAAUUCCUAUCAUUGAUGUUCUAGAAAAUCUAGACUUGACCAUUUUUCUAAACCUGAGAGAGUUGGGUGAUGAGGAUAGAGUUUUUGACGAAGAUGUUGCCAUUGAUGAUGAAGAUAAAGAGUUUUUAAAUCAUUCUUUAUCAUCAUUAUCGUACAUUUUGUCUGACUACUUCAAUAUGAAGCAAUAUUUUCACGAUGUCGUCGUGAAAUUUAUAAUUGUCGCUCAGCAUUUGACCUUAGAAGAUCCUUUCGUUUUCUCUCCGAUGCAAAAUGACUUACCUACCGGUUAUUAUGAACCAGUAAAACCUUCAUCCUUGAACUUAGAUAGUGCCAAGAAUAAUAAGAAGAACGGGAAUCAAAAUGUUGAAAACCAAGUGGAGGAAGAUGAAUAUGAGGUAGACGUGGAUAGUAUUCUUCUUUUCCAUAAUCUGGUCAACCAAGAUUCUGAUUCUAAUGACUUAAAAUUUUUCAAUCUCUCCCACGUUUUCAAAAAAUCCUGUGAUGACUAUUUUGAUGUGCUUAAGCUAUCUGUCGAGCUCGUGAAUCAAUUAGUUCUGGAAAGGGAGAAUUUGUUGAAUUAUGCUGCUAGAAUGAUGAAAAAUAAUAUUACGGAAUUACUAUUGCAGGGAGAAGAAGGUUAUGGAUCUUAUGGCGGGAGUGACGCUAUCGAUAAAAAUGAGUCAGAUACUUUUUAUACAGAUUCUGCUAAUAAAGUUAAUGAUGAAUGGCGUGACAGUCAAGUCAUGUUACCGAGGUACUUGCAGCGCGAGUAUGAUAGUGAACUGAUUUGGGGCUCCAACAAUAGGAUUAAAGGCGGUUCUAAACAUGCAUUGAUCUCUUACUUGACAGAUAAUGAAAAGAAAGAUCCAUGUUUCAAUAUUACUUUUUUAAUCACUUUUAGAAGCAUCUUUACUACAGCAGAGUUUUUGAGCUAUUUGAUCUCUCAAUAUUAUUUGGAUCCACCAGAGGAUUUAUGUUUUGAAGAAUAUAAUGAAUGGGUGACGAAAAAGCUAAUACCGGUAAAACGUAGAGUUGUUGAAAUUAUGACAACCUUUUUCAAACAAUACUGGUUCCCAAGCUAUUACGAGCCCGACCUUGCAACCCUAAAUCUGGAUUAUUUUGCGCAAGCAGCAGCGAAGGAGAAUAUAGCAGGAUCCGUGGAAUUAUUAAAUGAGAUCUGUCAGAAGUUUAAACAUGACAAUAUGCAAGAAGCGGCUGCACCACUCAAGACGUUAGCUCCACAAGUCAACCAGAAAAAUCAUUCGGCCUCUUUGUACUCCACCACAGAAUCCAUUCUUGCCGUUGAUCCAGUUUUAUUUGCUACCCAAUUAACCAUAUUAGAGCAUGAAAUCUAUUGUGAAAUAACUAUUUUUGAUUGUUUACAAAAAAUUUGGAAGAACAAAUACACAAAAGCCUAUAGUGCAUCACCAGGUUUGACCGAGUUUAUCAGUUUUGCUAAUAAGCUGACAAAUUUCAUAUCCUACUCCAUUGUAAAAGAGGCAGAUGAAAGUAAACGUGCUAAGCUGCUAUCCCAUUUCAUUUUUGUUGCAGAAUAUUGUAGGAAAUUCAAUAACUUUUCUUCCAUGACUGCAAUUAUUUCAGCAUUAUAUUCCUCACCCAUUUAUCGUUUAGAGAAAACUUGGAAGGCAGUUAUUCCUCAAACUAGAGAUCUAUUGCAGUCUUUGAACAUGCUGAUGGAUCCUAAGAAAAAUUUCAUAAAUUACAGGAAAGAGCUGAAAUCUUUACACAGUGCACCAUGUGUACCGUUUUUCGGCGUUUAUUUAUCUGACUUAACCUUCACGGAUUCUGGAAAUCCAGAUUAUCUUGUUUUGGAACAUGGUUUGAAGGAUGUUCGUGAUGAAAAAAAAUAUAUAAACUUUAACAAAAGGACCAGACUUGUUGAUAUCUUACAAGAGAUCAUAUAUUUCAAGAAGAAACAUUACGAUUUUGUUAAAGAUCGGACAAUAAUUGAACAUAUAUCCAAUUCGUUGGAAAACAUCCCCCAUAUUGAAAAACAAUACCAGUUGUCAUUGAUCAUUGAGCCGAAACCUAAAAAGAAAGUCGUUCCAAAUUCGAAUUCGACUAAUAAAUUACAAGAAAAAACCAGGGGAAAUCAAACGGAUGAAGGAAAAACACCCGCUAAGAAAGAAAGAUUUCCAAAAUUUCCAUUAGUCAAGACAAAGAAAAAGACUCCGAAAGUUUCUAAAUAA